AUGUUGUCCAUGCUCUCAGGUCCCGACCCAGCGGCUGCAUCCGUCGGAUGCAGCCUGUCUCCCAAGCCCAGCCUCUCACCCAAGGGUCCAUCGACUCCCAAGGCAAACCGCAUCAAGAAUAUAAUGACGCUCAAUUCGAUGGAAGAUCUGCAGCUUGCAAUGGAAGAAUCUUGCCUGGAGGCGGGAAACGAUCCCAAGAAACGCAGCAGCAGCGGUAGCCGCCGUAAGAAUGGCCUUUCUCGCAAUGGAAGCUCUCGAAAUCUUACUCGGGGUGGAAGCUCUCGAAAUGUGUCUCGUACAUGCAGUGCAAGCUCUCAAAAAGUGUCUCGUACAUGCAGUGCUGGUUCUCGGAAUGUGUCUCGUACAUGCAGUACAAGUUCUCGAACUCAUGGCAAAUACUCUGAGGGCAAGAAUGGCAAGGGACGCAGCAGUUUGUCCCGCAGUGGUAGUUCUCGAAGCUUGAAGAGUUCGUCUAGAGGUGGGAGUCAUUCCAGUCUCGCAGACCUCGCUUCCGGAGUGGGCAAAGGUGUUGUUCAUGGGUUGGAAAACGUGAGCAACGCAACUUGGGGUGGCCUGGAAACCAUGGGUGUGGUCGAUAAUGGACCCACCAUGCAAGAUCACUUGUCCGACAUUGAAGCUUUCUGCCGCGUUUUGAAGGACACCAAGCGUGAUGCUCGGGAUCAACUUCUCAGGGAUGCGAUGAUUCAAAAAGCCGCAAGUGGGAAAAGAUCCUCCAAAUCAUCCAACAAGAACCAAGGACCAAGCAAUCACUGA